AUGGCGCAGCUGAUCUUCAAGCCUAAUGACCGCCGAGCAUUUCGAUAUAUGCGCAGAGGCAUGAUACCAACAAUGCAUGAUGAUAGAGAAGAGCAUCAUGUCCAGCACGACAACGCAGUAGAUGUGCGAACGGUUUCCGCCGGCACGUCCAAAGCCAUGUCAGAUCCGCAAGAGGUUGAAGACAAUACAGGUCGUUAUCAGGCUGAGACAGGAGCAAAGAACAUCUCGUCCCAUCUAACCCAACAACAGAUCGUUCAUCACGAGCAAGAACAGCUCCCCUUGAUACGGCAUGAUAGCACUACGAAAGACAUAACUAGUCUUUCGGACGUUCUGACUGACGAUGAGACCAUCAGCAUUAAGGCAAGCACCAUAGAUCCUUCAUCAUCUCCAAUGCCUUGUUCGGUCAAUGAAGAGCAUGAUGAUUCGAACGGCCCGCCUCAGUCCCCUAUGUCGCCGACACCAAGUCCACCCGCUAAGGAUGGAUAUGCGACAAGGGGUAUGAUGGGAGCAUUGGCAAGCCCGGGAAGUCGACUGCAUCAUCAUGGCACUGUGGGCGCACCAAAAUUCUGCGCGACGUGCGGCUUCAGCACCGACUCCGAAAGCUAUCUGAUUGGUUUAUCCCCGAGCUUGUGGCGGGAAUCAUCUGCUUAG